UCAUUGACAACAUACACACACAUCAAAAAUUUCAAAAUGUUUAAGAAUUUUAUUUUUUGUUUUUGUUCCUUAGUGGUUUUUGGUGGCUUGGUGGUUACAGUGGUUGAAUCUACAGCACUUUACUCCAAUUCAAUCGCCUCGCAGUUCAACCAACAACCAAAUUUUAAUUCCCUAUCUACACCAUACAGCAACAAUUUGCUAAAAAGAAGAUGUCCGAUUUGCGACUCUUCCGUCUUUAGUUAUUGCAGUGAUAAACUAUUUCACGAUUCUUGCUGCUGUCACGAUCCAAACAAUCCGUACGACCGCUUACCGUUCCAAUGCCAGUUUGCAGACUGCAGUUUCUUGCAUGCGAACUCUUGCCACGAACACCAGUUGAUAACCGCCUGCUGCUGUACGAAAUUUAUGUUUUACCGAAAAUAACGCUGAUUAAGUAUAUA